AUGAAAUAUUAACUAAUUUUACUUUUAUUAUAAAAAUUUUUGAUAUUCAGCUCUGCAUAAUUUCAAAUAUCUAAUAGCACUUUACUUAAAGUAGUUUCAGUCAUAAGACACGGCACAAGAUAUGUUGAAACUCCUAAGCUUGCUGAUCCAGAAGAUAUAAAAUAUUCUGGAGAACUCACUCCAGUAGGAAUGAGGCAACAAAACGAAUUAGGAAGAGUUUUUCAUAAAAUAUUUGCAGAAAAUGAAAAGCUAAUAAGCUUAAAUUAUGAACCAUCAGAGAUAUAUGUUCAAUCAACAGAUAAAAAUAGAACGAUUUAAUCAGCUUAGAGCUUUCUUCAUGGAUUAUAUUAGCAAACUGCUGCUAUUAACAGUAAAGUUGAUCAAAAGUAUUUUGAUCCUCCCUUUGAUUCUCAAAUAAUUUAAAAUAUUACUAAACCAGAUGGCAAUUUAUCUAUCGGAAAAGAUAUCUUUCCAAUACCAAUAAGAACUUUACCUUAAGAUUAAGAUAAGUAUUUACUGACUCAUGGAAAUGCUUGUAAUGCAUCAAUUAAAUGGAGAGAAUAAAAUAUGUAAAGUAAGGAAUGGCAAGAAGUGUCAAAUUAUUAUAAACCACAAAUUGAUUUAUUGCAAUAAAAAAUAUAAGAAUUCAUAAAAAGUGAUCUUCCCACUCCAUUAGACAUAAACUAAGUUUACGAAUGGAUGGAUGCUAUUUUAUGCUAAAAGCAGAAAGGAGGUUCGAAUUAUCCAUAAAUAGAUGAUGAACUAUUCUAGACUAUGCAAGAUAUUUCAUAAUUACAAUUCUUUAUUAUUUUUUUUUUAAGAGAGUAUUAACUUAAAGCAAUAUCAACUCCAUUUUAUAAUUUGCUUUUAUCUCAUUUAGAUUAUUAUAUAGAAAAUAAAACUGAUCACAAACUAGUAUUAUUUUUUGCUCAUGACACAACAGUUAAUAUGAUUUUAAACACUCUAAAUUUAACUGGAUAUGAUUGCAUAAAGAAAAAGCUAGUAGAUAAAAAUUGGGAUGAAACUAAAGUAUGUUUCACUAAUAUUGUAAAAGUUGCUAGCAACAUCUUAUUCGAGCUAAGAAAAAGCAACUUAGAUAAUUAAUUGUUUAUAUCAAUUAGAUAUAAUGGAGAUUAUUUAAAGUUUAAUCAAGGAAAUGAUACUAUGUUAUUUUCAGAUUUCAAAACAAAAUUUACAGAUUGGUAAAUCAAAGAUUGGGAUGUAAUUUGUGAAAAUACAAACUAUUAUAAUCAUGAAGAUAGCAGUUUAUAAGAUAUUCCUACCUGGUUUAUAGCAAUUACCAUAAUUGUGUUUACUUUAUUUUUAAUAUCUAGUUAUCUAGCUUGUAAAUUCUAUAGAAAAUUAAAUAACAAUUCUUCACAAUAAAAACACAUAGAAUUUUCAGAUAAUCUUUGA